AUGGCGGCCGCGCACGUGGAACCGUCUGGCGAUCUGACUGGAAAUGUUGAUUUUAGCUCUGACGACAGUGAUGUAGAUGAUAAUGAUAUAGAGACAGGUUCACCUAUUCAGGAUGGUGAUGAAGAGAAUGUUGGAGAUAGUGCAUCAGGAAACAGUGAACUUUCAGACAAUGAUGAGGUAUCAGGGGAUGAUGAAGCCUCCGGAGACGAGCUUCCAGGGACAUCUCACAAAGCUGGUUUGGCUAAUGCCAUGGCAAAAAUUUUAGGAAAACAAUUACCAAAGCACACCCAAGUUAUCCUUGCUAAAGGAAAGACAGAUAAAGAAAUUACUCGUAAAAGACAGGAAAAAGAAUCUGAAGAUGGCAGGGAAGAUAAGAAACCAAAGCUUGAUGAUGAAUCAACUGAAAGCUUAGCAAGUUUGGAAAAGAAACGUCUUUGGGAAGCAAUGGGCAGAACAAAACCAGACCCCUUGGAACGGGAAAAGGAAAGAGCACUGCAGAGAAUUGCUCAAAGGGGAGUUGUUCAACUGUUUAAUGCUGUACGUCAACAACAGAAGAUAUUGGAGGAGAAAAGUGCUGGGCUGACAGAAGCAAAAAAGGCAAAAGUUGUUGGAAAUAUGACAAAGGGAAAGUUUCUUGAUAUACUGAAGGGAACAGAUAGCAAUGCCAACACACAGCCAGACACGGAGCAUGCCACAGUCAAGAUUAAAGAGGAACCAGGGGAAAAGUGGAGUAUACUGCGCGAGGACUUUAUGAUGGGGGCCAAAAUGAAGGACUGGGACAAACAAAGUAGUGAUCAAGAUUCCAACAAUAGUGAACUGACAGAUGAUUCAGACGAUGGAUAGUUCUGCCUGUGA